ACAUCUUGCUAUCCUUCUUUUUCUACUUAAUCGAUAAUGACGAUGCAAAUCCAAUAAACUCUGGAGUCUGGAAGCUUCAUUGACGCUUGAACCAAAUCGCCAAUUGAAUCUACUGAGAAACUGAAAUCCCUUUGAUUAUCUCUGCCGAAUCUAAAGAAACAGUUAUGGAAGCUAAAGAAAUCGUAUGUUGCAUCCCCGCAAAGAACGUUAUACCAAAACUCACACAACAAGAAACAGUUGUUUCAAUGGAAGCUAAAGAAAUCAUAUGUUGCAUCCCCGCAAAGAACGUUAUGGCGAAACUCACACAACAAGAAACAGUUAUUUCAAUGGAAGCUAAAGAAAUCGUAUGUUGCAUCCCCGCAAAGAGCGUUAUACCGACACACACACAACAAGGUGAGAAAGAUCAAGAAAGUGAUGUGGAUGGUGAUGUGAAGGAGAUAACAAAGCUAGAGUAUAGACAUUCUCUUGCUCAUCGAGGCAACUUAAUACGCAUCGAGGAAGAAAAAGAAGACAUUGAUCCACUGUUCAAGAGAUAUUUCCGAAACCUCCAAAACAAUGCACUCAACUCCACUCCUAUGAAACGCCCAAAACUAGAAAAGGAGGGUCCUCACGAGGCAACGCUCCUUGAAGAAUAAUGGCGUGGUAGCAACCACUUCUAGAGUUUAUGUUAUGUUUAGACUUUGUUAACUUUAAAACUUUAUGUAAUAUGAUAUUUUAUGAUUUCA